AUUUUUUUCAAAAAAAGUCUCUCCGAAUUUAAUUAACAGUGACGUCGGUUUUUUUUUAUUUCCCUUCCGAAAACAACCUGCCCUGGACUGGCCAGUGAGUUCGGCAAAGAGGCAAGGUUCUAAUCUCUCCCUUCGCACCAUCUCCAUCCUCCUUCUUCUACCAUGGCCUCUCUUGCUACCAAGCUGGCUUCGGCCUCGCUUAACCGCUCUUCUGUCACUCUCCCCGCCACCGCCGCCGGUGUCCGCGCGGUUCUCAAUCGAUCUGCCCACUACUCCACCGAUGAUGUCCACCACGGAUACGAACACGGUCACCGCGACACUCCCACCUUCCCCUCACUCCCCAAACUGAAGACCGCCUCCAUCAACAACAACCGCACCUUCGUUACUGUUCCCGCUGGUAUUUCCCAGCAGAAGCGCUUCAAUCACACCUCUGCUCGCGACACGACCGACAUUCCCGAUUUUAGCAAGUACAAGAGUGGAUCGGGCGACACCUCCAACCGCGCCUUCUCCUACUUCAUGGUCGGCACCACUGGCGCCUUGUCCGUUAUGGGAGCCAAGACGACCGUUGCUGACUUUUUGGCCAACAUGUCUGCAUCAGCCGAUGUCUUGGCCUUGGCCAAGGUCGAAGUUGACCUCAGCACCAUCCCUGAGGGACGCAAUGUCACCAUCAAGUGGCGUGGAAAGCCCGUCUUCAUCAGACAUCGCACUCAGGACGAGAUCGAAGAAGCCAAUGCUAUCAACAUCGCUGAGCUCCGUGAUCCCCAGAACGAUGCCGACCGUGUCCAGAAGCCCGAGUGGUUGGUCAUGCUAGGUGUCUGCACUCACUUGGGAUGUGUCCCAAUUGGCGAGGCAGGUGAUUAUGGCGGAUGGUACUGCCCCUGCCACGGAUCUCAUUAUGAUAUCUCUGGUCGUAUUCGCAAGGGACCCGCGCCAUUGAACCUUGAGAUCCCUGCCUACUCGUUCGAGGAGGGCAACAAGGUUAUUAUCGGUUAAAUAGAGGAGAAAGAAUUUUUCAGCACAUACAUAGGCAUCGGACGAGAUCAGCAGAAAAAAAAAAGAAAUUGUAAUGAAGACUGGGGUUUUUUCCACUUUAAA